UCCUGCCACUCUGUGAAGAAAUGCGGGCAGGGAGAUCGCGGGCUUUGGGUCCGAAACGAGAUCCUGAUGAGCCAAUGAGUGUCCCCAUAACUCUCCUCUGUGGCGUACAGUAUCGGGAGGCGCAGGCAGCUGAAGUAACCCCUGCAGUCCUGUGAGCAUGCGUAUGACAACAAAGACGACAUGGAGACCAAAGACUGAGGCUCCGGGCUCCUGAAUCCUUUCUGCACGUGUCAAUUAGGCAACAGUCUGCUCUGAAACGAUGACUUCUGCCACACCGCCCUGCUCUCGUAGCUCCUCCCCUCAUAAGGUUUGCCACUCCCAGACUCAGACAGAUGUUUUAAAACCCUUACUGGGUGGUGGCGCAUCUGCUGGGGGCGGGACUUUGAGGAAACGGAGGCGCAUCCUCUCUAAAGAUGGACGAAGCAACGUACGAAUCGAGCACGUCAGUGGGAGGGGCGCCCUCUACAUGCGUGACCUGUGGACAACCUUUCUGGAAAUGCCGUGGCGGUACAAGUUCUUCCUGUUCACAGCAACGUUUGCAGGAACCUGGUUUCUGUUCGGGGUCGUGUGGUAUCUGGUGGCUCUGGUCCAUGGAGAUCUGCUGGAGUUUGACCCCCCGUCGAACCACACCCCCUGCGUGAUGCAGAUGCAGACCCUCACCGCAGCCUUCCUCUUCUCUCUGGAGUCCCAGACCACCAUUGGUUAUGGUUUCCGCUGCAUCACAGAGGAAUGUCCAGCUGCUAUAAUCCUCCUCAUCCUGCAGCUGGUCAUCACCAUGCUGAUGGAAAUAUUCAUCACGGGGACCUUUCUGGCCAAGGUUGCACGGCCAAAGAAGCGGAGUGAGACGGUGAAGUUUAGCCAACACGCUGUUGUUUCCACCUAUGAGGGCCAGCCCUGCUUGAUGAUCAGGGUGGCCAACAUGCGCAAGAGCCUCCUGCUUGGGUGUCAGGUGACAGGAAAACUCCUCCAAACCUCCCAGACAAAAGAAGGCGAGACAGUUCGUCUGGAUCAGAGAAACGUUCCCUUCCAGGUGGAUACCGCCAGCGACAGUCCCUUUCUCAUCCUUCCCCUCACCUUCUAUCACGUCAUUGACGACAACAGCCCGCUGAGAGCCUGGGCAGCCAAGGGUGGUGGCUGGACCGAUCCAGAUUUGGCUGAUUUUGAACUGCUGGUUAUCAUGAGCGCCACAGUGGAGCCAACCUCUGCCACCUGCCAGGUCCGCACCUCCUACUUGCCAGACGAGAUCCUGUGGGGAUAUGAGUUCCCACCUGUAGUCUCCCUCUCCAUGUCGGGUAAAUAUGUAGCAGACUUUUCCUUUUUCGAUAAAGUGGCCAAAACCAAGACCACCCCCAUCUUCAAAUCGAGUCCCCUGCAGGGGUACCAGAGCAACGGAGGAGGGCCCGUGUCCGAGGUGUCGGACCCAGAGAAGAUCAGACUGGAGCAAGUUUACAGGGAGCAGCGAGGAGAGGACCGUGUUCGGGUCAGAGAUGGACCUCUGAGUGUUCGCAUCAGCAACGUGUGAGCAGAUCAGCUGGAUUUUAAGAGAGACUAUAAAUCAGUAGCUCGUGAGAUAAAUAUCUCUGAGACUUUUUAAAAUGAGGAUAACACUUAUGGAAAGUUGGAAAGUUGCUGCAAGAAUAGACUAGUUUUUAUGAGAUUAUCCCCACUUAUUCUUAAAAAAAAAAAAAAACAAGAUGGAAUGGAAACCUUGGUGGGUUUGGUCCAAAUGACAAAUUACCCCAUGAGGGACUUUAUCGUCCAAAAGUGAGACGGGUUGAUAGUUUCUUUUUAACGUUUCAUGGGUAAAUGUGUAAAACGAGACUAGGAGGCAGGAAGAAGAAACACCCACCUGUUUCAAAGGAAGAUUACUUGAAUCCUCCUCCAGGGUCUAUGUAAAUGUGUGGGUACUAUAUCAGACAUUAAAUAAUCCCCGAAGGGAAACUUUAUGCAAACAGAAAUAUGUGUUCUGGCAGAAAAUCAGAUGUCUCUUGAGUUUUUAUGGUUAAAAAAAAGUUGACGAAUUUCACCCCCAACUUCCUCUUCAGCAUUUCAAGAGUAUUUUUACAUUUCCUGUUGAAAAAGCUCUGUAGACAGCUCAGAAUGUCUGCUAAAGUCCUGUUUAGCUGCACGACAGAGGAGAUUUUUCUGUAUGGUUGUGAUCAUUCUUAAAUACUAUAGCACUUUAGACACAUGAUGUACAUUUGCACCUUCUGACAGUCUGUUGGCUACAUGUUGAAUGUUAUUUGAGUAAAAACAUGAAAAACUACUAAAAGCAAAAAUAAAAUCAAAAAAUGUAAAUAAAAUCCGCUUUUAGGCUCUGAGCUAAACUGAUGACACUAAGUUCCCAGAUGUUCAGAAACACCAGUAUGCCUCAAUGAAAAGACCAUCUGGUGAUGAGGGAAUGUUCAAAGUCUUUUUUUAGAGGCAGAGGUGAUCAGUUCAAGUCUUUUGAGUCACUAACACUUUAUCAGAUCCUGCUUAGUUUUAACAUGACAACGAGUUGUGAGACCUUCAAACAAGACCUUGAUGUUAGAAAUGAGAAGAAAAGAUGUGAUUUUUAAAAGAGUAAAAACUUUUUGUCAUAUUUACAUGAAACCUUGGGCUUUUCGUGGUGUUUGAGUAGAACGCCUCAAAGGGACAACCUGAUAAAAACUGACUUAAUAAAGUUUAUUAUUACA